AAAUGUCGCCGUUACAGUUGGAUGGAUGCAACUACGCCGUGAACAUCCUUAAUUCCACUUGUAAAAUUGUGUUUCUACGUGAAUUGGUUGCUGCGACUGUGAUUAUCCACCUUUAGACAUCUGUAGAAACAUCAAUAACAGCAAAGUGUUGCUACCUUAGUCAUGAUUUGUUAUAUUUUUGGUAUUAUAUUCUGCACUUGCAGUUUGUUUUCUUUGGCUGUGUGUAGUGAUAUAUGCGGUGCGACUGACGAAAUCUUGUCUUGUUUCACAAAGAUAUUAUCUUAUGAAGCAAUUGAGGACUUACAUCGGAAUCUUGAUGGUGAUAAAAAUGGAGAAGUCGACCAUUUCGAAACUGAAAAGUUUUUAAGGAAAGAAUUCAAUUCGGGCGAUGCUGCCAAGAAAUCACGUAUGUUAAACAGCGAUGAUCCUCUUAUUAGUCUUACAGACUUGUGGCAGAUGUGGAGAAAUAAUCCUGCAUUCAACUGGACUGUGAGAGAUACUACCCAGUGGUUAGUUAGUCUGGUGGAUCUCCCUCAGUACGUUGAUUUAUUUCGUCAACAUAAUUUAGAUGGUCGUUCAUUACCACGGUAAAUUUUCAAUAUUAAUUUUUUUUUUUUACAAAGUCUGAUUUGGAUAAAAUCUCAUCAGGACUUAUAUUUCAUUAUUUAUGUGCAGGAAUCAUGUGUUCAGUAUGUCUUUACAGUCGUAUGCACAGUGCCCUCUUAAAAUCCAUAUCAUUUUGCGUCAUUAUUGCAUUUACAUUAAAAAACUUGUGUAUUAUUUUUAUUAUGAGUGCAAAUGAGAACUGUUUUCUCCAUUUUAUUCUUCAUGUAAUUGUUGUAGUAGAUUCAUUCAGUCUUGCUUUUGACGCAGGUUUUUCCAGUGGAAUUAGAAUUUCAUACUUUACCAAUAAUUCGAACACAUUUCUUUAAAAUAAUAUACACUGAUCUUCAUAAUCUUCAUGAAUUUUGCCCAACAUUUCUCCUAAUCGUUGUUGUGUAGAAAUAUUCGUUGAGUUAUUAAUUGCGGGGGAAAUAAUCACUUCAAGUUGGCCUCAUUUAGCGACAUGAGUUGUUUGUCAAGUUUAUGUUAUUCAAAUAAAGCAACCUCCAUGUUUAUUAAUUUCGGAUUACCAUUUUGUACAAACUAAGUGUUUUGUGCUCAAGAUUGUAGGAUGAACUAGCGCAUUCAACGCAAAUAUUGUAUAUAAAAACACCGGUAAUCUAAUGCUCGAAUCCUUCUCAUAUUGUUUACUUUAGGGAAAUAUCUUUCUUGACCUUCAAGUAACUCAAAGUCUGGUAUAUUUACCAUUCGGUUUAAAAUAUAUUUGGAAAAUGUGUUAUUUCCAUUAAACAUGUACAUACAUGAUCAAUCACUGUAAUUUUAGUGUACAGUGACACUUUUAAACCUUUUUGAUGACCAAAAUACUACAAUUCGAAGAGAUCGAAAAACAAUCUUGAUUUUGUUGUCAGCAUACUAAUUGUUGACUGUCUCAAAUAUUGUAUCAACGUAUGUUUUAUUAUCUCAAAGUUGUUUUUAUUCUACUUGUUUAAUUUUGCUGACUUUAAAAAAAACAUUACAGUUCUGUUGUAAGUUGUUUGAUAAUGGGUCUAAUUUAAAAAUAUUUAUUCUGUGAACUUUUGUUGACAACCAACCAGUAUUUAAUUUUACUGAGAACAAGUGACAAUUGCUUACUUCAUAUGAAGCAGAUUUUUUCCGUUUUUCCCCUACAAUAAUUAUGUGUGGUAGUUUAUGUAGAAUCAAAUUGGACUUGAUUAGUUUUCAAGCUGAUAUGACAUGGAUCAGAAUAUUUUUCUUUAUCAUUUUUACAGCUUGGCUAUGCAAAAUAUGAGCUACUUAACCGAUGUCCUGGGGAUUCAGAAUCCGAUACACAAGAAGAAAUUGAUGCUUCGUGCUUUGGAUAUCAUUCUGUUUGGACCUCCAAGACGUUAGUGAAUUUUAUCGUUAACUUAGAUUGGUUUUAUAAUUUUUCAUCUGACGUUUGGUGUGGGUAGCUGGAUAUCAUUUAUGAUACUUUCGUAGGGUACUGAAAAGAUCUAACUCCUUUGAAGUUGAACUCAUGAUUACGAUAUAAACAAAUAAAUCACUCACCAGAUUCUUGGGUGUAACCCACUGUUUAAGUGUGAGGGCUAAUGAUACUGCCCGAUCUAUCUAACCGAAGAAGGUGGGGUGGAUUUUGAACCAGGCGCUUAGUGGCAUAAAUCGAACACUUCAACUGUUAAGACACCACUCGCACUUCAACUCCAAUUCUUGUUCAAAUGAGUACUACUAGUUACUUAGCGUUGUCCAGAUUAUUGAAGAAUGUAAAAGCUUACAUAUUAGUACACUCGUAGUAGUUCAUUACUUCGACGAUGUAUAUUUAACUGGUUAUUAGUCGAUCAGCAUCAUAUCGAUAUGUCAUAGCUAAAUCACUCCUUCCAAUUUAUUUAUGGCCUAAAUGUCAUUUCCACUUCAAAAUGUUUGUAAACGUGAGGUCAUAUAUCUAGUAUUUUGAGUCACAAUACAUUUCAGUAACCUGUUAAGUUAUAGAGUUGCGUAGAAGAGUAAAUAUAUUAGUACAGUAAAUCCUAUGUGGGAUGGUCACAUCUCGAAAACCAGACUAUAAAAUGUGAAGUUACAGUAAUCGAAACCCUUCGAAGUGUAUCAAUAAUCAUCCGGAUGCUGUUGUAAAAAACGAUAAUAAGCAGGAGGAAUGUAUGUCUAUCGAAAGAAGUUGCAAAGUAUUUACAUUAAAUAUACAUAUAUAUAGCCUUCAAUCAUUUAUUUGCAUCUUUCGGUGUUCUACAAUCCGAACUGUCUUCUCGAUUGGCCCCCAAGUGUUCUGCUAACACCGUGCUUAGGAUGCACUGAAACUUUUCUUUGCCCGAAAAUUCUUGAAACUUCGACUCCGCGUCCCGACACAUACUACUUACAAACAUUCCUGUGAGUGUCGUCCACUACACUAUCUCUUGGUAGAGGUUUCCGUGACGUGCAUUACUUUAAGUAACUUAAGUUAUGUAUUCUAGUCAUUAGGGCUAAAUCACUAGGUAAAGUGACUUAGUCUCACGUGUAUGACCUACCAUUUAACUUCGAUAUUAGCGAUCCUAUGUCCUCAAGGGUUGUACACCAUUUCUCAGGGUUAAUCUUAAUCAAAGUCGAGUGAUUUUGCAUUUCUGAAAUCUGUAGGAAUGAAACGUUAGGAUAAUGUGAAUGUCAACAUUGGUCGCUUUUUCACGCAACAUCAGCUAGUUCUGCUUAUUAUGCAACGGUGGUUUAUUGGUUAAGACGUUUAACUUUCAGGUUUUCGCCCCGCUUCACCUAAUUAAGUUUGAGCCAUCGAGUAGUUUUAUUAGUUCUCAAAUUCAGAGUGUCCCUACACUCAAAUUUUCUUAUUUUUCGUAGUGCAUCAAUAUGGUUUCAACUGUAGAACUACAUGAUUCUGUUGUCUUUAUUAUUGAUGUUUAGAUUUCAGUAGAGUAUUAUAUUUCAGAUUAUAUUUAAAAUGAAUACUCAUCCAUUGAGACCCAACUACCAUUUCAGCAGGAAAUUGUAGUUGAUGUAGGAUCAGACUAGAAAAAACCUAGGAGCAGUUGAACAAAUAUAUGAAAUCAACUCAGUAACUGAUUGACUGUUAGUUUAGGCCUUGAUAUUAAGUACAAACUGCUUGGUCGGGGUCUGUGAGAAAACUGUGAUCAGUGGUUUGGGGUAUUGAAGGACGUGCCUCGGAAUCGGUCUAAGUGGGUCAAGAGGACUAAAUUUUUUUUCUUCUGGAUUUUGCAUUUCACUAUUAUUCCAUACUUUUUGUUUCCAAAAUUCAUUCUUAUUUUUUCAAACCACAUUCUCUACGCUUAAUUUUAUUUACUAUCGUUUAUGUUACUAUCAUUUCUACUUCUUUGCUGUUGAUCUCAACAAUUUGAUUGCGCCAUAUUAUUAAGGUGUGGCAAAUUGUAAUAAUGUACACUUGUGUCAGGCCAGACUUCGGUUAUGACUGACUGUCUGAAACUUUUUGAAUGUCAUAAAUUACUGACUUACAUCCAUAGCUAGAUUUACAGAAAAUUAUAGUAGGUAAAUUUGUUAAUUGCUUUAUUUUUCAUUUUUUAUCGAUCAUCUGAGAAAAUGGACAUAGAUCUGCAUCCAUAAACACUAAUCAGCUUUUGGUUUGAACAUAUUUAAUCCAACCAAGUAUAGUUUACUAGUUUAUUGGAGUGAGGCAUUUACCACCAGUAAAUUUCAAGGGAUUGCUUGUAUUUAAUCACAACCUAUUGUAGUCAUUUCCCACGUCUUCAUUGAAACUAUCAAAUAUAAUAAAAAGAGAGCACGUUUAGUUUUCAAGAUCACAAACCUACAUUAAUUAACCGAAUAAAUAAUCUUCAACGUUCUGAGUGAUUUCUCUUAAUUUUUGUAUAGGUAAAAAGUACAUCAACUUACAAUAUUUUUCAUUGAUACUAUUGAGUUUAUUCUAUUGGUCUUAAACUAUGACAUCUCAAUUUCAAAAACCUGAUUCUUUCCAGUUUUCAUCUGUAAGAUUUAUCCAUUGGUUUUCGGGGUUUUUCGUUAGUUGGUAUUUAUAGAACUGUAUCCAGGCUAUUUUGUACGAAUUUAUGGUAAAAUAUGAACACAGUGAGAUUCCCCAUUUUCUUGAUCUCAGAAUUCAACGAAUUAUGGGUGAAAAGUUACAAAGAUACAUAAGAAAGACUUUUUUAAAUUAUGCUAGUGUUGCGCAGGAUGAAGCUGGAAUAAUCGCAUCUUUUUCCACCUCAGUUUUAGAGAUAACAAAGUUGUGAGAAUUAUCCAGGUAAUCACUACUGAGUUAAAAGCGAUCUUCGCAACUGCUUAACUUCUGUUACCUCAAACAAACUGCUCUCUGAAGUAACCAGUGGUCAGAAAGUUUUCUUCCACAUGGAAAUACAAAGUGUGUAUAAAGUAGUUAGUAAAGGAAUGGAUUCAAAUUUAUUAGGCUAUCUUAAAUCACUUUUUAUUUAUUGACUUCAAUCAAAUAAUUGGAUUGCGAAAGAUAUUUGUCAGUUUGUCACUUGGAAAUUUUAAUUCCUGCCAUUAAUAUGUACUUAUAAGUUGUCAUUCUCUUUUAACCUUUUGACCCAUAUAUUGACAAUCUCCUUAUUCUGCGCAAUUUAUAUUUCGUUCUCUUUUUAUGUUUUAUAAAUGUAAUAACGUAAUCGGUAAAUGUUCUUCAUAUUACCUAAUCACAGUUACCAAUAUUGAUUAUGUAACAUUGUAUUUCCUUCCAAAUCAAUCAAUAUUUUCCACUAAUUCGUUUGUGAGUAGCUGGUGAAAGAAAAUUAAUUUGUUCAUCGUUCUUGUUGCGUUCACAUUUGUGCAGCAAAAUAAUUAUGUGUGAUGUUAGUGAUUGGUUGUGUCUGUGCUGUAAGUGUUCAUAACAAACAGGAUAUUUGAAGCAUCAUAAGCCUUUCGCUACAAAUAGUAAUUGAAAUACACUUGAAUUUUCUAUUAUGUUUUUCACAUAUGGAUCAAUGAAUCUCCAUUUUUUAAAAAUUGCAUUCUCAUAAUCGUAUAUCACGUAUAGAAAGUGAUUACGUAACGGUGGAAAACUCCGGUAUAUUGUCCUUUGUGCAUUUACUACUAGAAAUGUUUUUUAUCUGAAAACGAACAAAUUAUUAUGAUCACGAAUCGAUCUAAGCUGUACAACCGCUGUAAACCUAAAAGCACAGGAGGGCUGAUUCGUCCUACUGUGGAGGUCCUCAGCAGUGCGAAACCACGACCUUGAAGCUGGGAAUCAAACCUAAGACUUUCACUCUCGCUCACCAAUGUUUGACCUCUAAAACAAUGAGUCAAGAUUCAGUGGUGUGCAAGUCUAACUCCAGUCAAUCUACAAUAUUGCGCGACCAUAUUCCAUUAAAUUCAGUGGGCACCUUUAGCACAUCCAACACGAUUUAGAUCCACUGGCCACGGCUUUUCAAUAGAUGUCAAAGUACUAUUGAGGAUAUUUUAGACCCUAUAUUAAUUAAACUGGUUUCUGUGUGAUUGUUACUAGUCGGUUUGUAUUCUUCCUUGAAAAUUGGAAUGAUUAGAGAUCAAAACCAGUCGGACAGGAUUACGCACAGUCCAUAGAGUCUAGCUGAUAUCUCAGUUCAUCAUAUUUGUGUGAGAGCUGUGAUACUGCCCGGGUGCCCAGACCGAAGCAGGCGGUUUUCUUAGGGGGCCACACCCCGAGCCUUUGACCUAAAGGUCUAGCCCACAAGGCAGUGGAACAUCGUGAGCAGAUGCAGUCCCAUGGUAGCCGGUGAUCAACGAUUGGUUCAUACGCCAUUUGUUCACUCAGGAUACUGGAGCCCAUGUGCACCAUUGGUUUGGGAUCCGGUUAAAGCGCUGGACAUUCGCUUUUCGUCCUCUCAUUUUCGUAAACAACACCCGUGGUGCGAGAAGGCAGUGAGUAGGACUUCCCUGGCAGAGGCUGUAUACGCGUGGCCAUGUGAGAGCAUUUCGAAAGGGAGGGUGGGCCCACCUCACUCUCGGCCACACCAGGGCAUUUGAGGGCAAAAUAUGAUGAACUGUCGAUAAUUAUGGAAAAUACUUUUCUUGCUUCGAUUAACAAUCAAACGAUACACAUUAUUAUUAUUACUAUUGCUUUUAUUAUUAUUGUCAUUAUUAUUAUUUACUACGUCAUUUAUUCACUCUCUUUUAUUCCCACUCUAUCUUUACUUUUCGACUUAUAUAGCAGCUCGUCUUUGGUGGAAAUUCGGUUCUAUCUAAACGUUUUCGAGUCACUGCCUGGUUGAAAAUUGUAUGCUACCACCAAAUACGAAUACUGAAACAGUUUUUCUGAAACCACGUGCACCAUUCAAACUGGCUGCCUUCAACGUUCGCACACUUAUGCAGGUCAGACAACAGAUAGGGCUGGCUAUGUCUUUGGAAAGUCUUAAUAUUGAUGUUUGUUGUCUAUCCGAGACCCGUAUUCAAGACUCUGGUGAAGUACUACAAAUUCGCUCUUCAUCUGUCGCUUCAAAAAGCUUGUUUUACGUGCGUUUAUACGGGGACCCUGUGGCAUCUUCGUCUGGUCUUGCUGGCGUUGGUGUCGCACUAAGCGCUAGAGCUGAGGCAGCACUAAUCGAUUGGAUCCCCAUUAACAGUCGAUUUAUGUGCUAUUAGAUGUCUUUUCGUCAUCUCCGCCUAUGCCCCGACAGAUUGCAGUCCGGAUGCAAUCAAGGAUGUAUUUUACCACCAGUUAUCUGUUCUUCUCCAGAAAGUGUGUUCGACAGAUAUUAUAGUACUAGCCGGAGACUUGAAUGCUCAGGUCGGGCGUCUAGGCACAGAAGAGAGUCGUUUAUGUGGCCGAUGGGGACUUGUUGGUCGCAGGUCAGAUAACGGGGACCGUCUACUGCAACUGUGCACAGACCACCACCUGUUUCUGGCUAGCACUAGCUUUCGGCACAGUCAUCGCCGAUGUGCCACCUGGCGUCCUCCCUCUGCAUCUCAAGCCUGGACUCAGAUUAAUUGCAUCGCGAUCAGCUACCGCUGACGUGGUUAUGUACAAGACUGCCGCUCAUUUUGGAGUACCUAUCUGGACUUUGAUCAUGCCCUGAUUUGCGCCAAUCUUACCUUACUUUUCAGUGGUCAACGAAGUGACCCUUCACUAAUCUGUUCGUUAUUGUUCUUUUUUUUUAACGCUCCUUGCCUUUCUUUUUUUCCCUUCUUCUCUUCUAAUUCUCAUGAUUAUUGUGUGACGCAUAUAUAUUUGGUGCCCUCUUGUACCAAUAUUUAUGUGUUCAAAUAAAUAAAUAAGAUCUCAGUUAAUCAAACUGCUAAAACUGGACUACCAUCCGUAAAAGUCUCAGGGCUUAGUCCAUCAGACCCGGCUGAUCUCCCUAUCUUUUGAUUACUUAAUCUUUUCAAACUCACUGAGUAGGACGACUUACAUCAGUUUGCGAUUCAGGUUACUUGAAGAUAGUGGGUAACUGAAGUGUGAUCGAAGGCUAGUUGAACUGUCCCCUAAGGUGUUCUCCACAUUGAUCCAAUCUCAUGGAUUGAGAGUGAGUAAUAUUCCUGUCUUUUCCCGAGGUAGUUUCACUAAUAGCCACAUUUUUAAUACCGGUUUCCUCGAUAACUGAGUAGUUGUCUGUUGCUACUUGUAGCCGCAGAUUUUCCGUCUCUUUUGCUUUUGUUACCCACCAUUGUUCACGAUCACUGUGUAGGCUUUUAGUCAGCCUACGUCUGGGCUGUCUCAGCCCCCCAUUGUGUUCGGAGCCAGAUAGGAUGAGAUUCUUAGCAUCUAUCGGUUCUGUAGACGUCGCUGAAAUCGGCUGGUUGUCCCUAACAUUUUUGUUUAAGUUUCUGGUAGUUAUCACUGCCGCUUCCACAGCAUUUCGUUUAUCGUAUCAAGCUAUCUCGUGGUGGAUAUGAUUUUGACGGUUGACUAGCAGUUGUCCCUGAAAUAUAUUCUUGAAUUUUCCAGGACUAAGUAGAACGCUUAGGAAUUUUGCUGCUUUCACUUUUACCUUCAAUAAGACGCAGACAAAUACGUGCUCUAACUAAAGCGUUAUCCGAGUCCAAACAUGUGCUCCUGAAUGAAUGCCAGUCUUCUGUCGCGUUUGUCCAAUGAUGGCUGAUGGGAAUGCGGUCUAUUUGAUUCUAUCGAUGAGUGGACUGUGUAAGUCGCUACUUCAGACAUUUCUCUUUAUGUUCGAAGUUGAUGUUUGUCAGAAAUAGACGGUUAUCUGAAUCUAGUUGCAACGGACUGUUGCCGUUAUCUGUUCGCUGAGCCUCAACACUGUAGGAUCCACGCAAGUGCCUUCCGCUUUGGUUUAGUUUACGUAAUUUGGGAUUAAAAUCACUUGCCAUUAUUACUACAUCAGUGCAUUUGACUUUUCAGAGGAGGUUGGAUAGCUUCCUAUAAAAUUCUUCUUUAUCUUCGCUCGAGCAGCAAUCUGUGAGAGUGCAGGCAGAAACUACUAGAAGGCAACGGCGUGUGUUCCUAACUUUCUGAGUUCUCAUUAUUCAAUUUGGUCAAGUGUCUAUUGGAAUACAGUCUAACGGAGCCUGUUCUAUUUAGUGCUAUACCUACAUCAGCGAUGAUGCUGGAGGUGGCAGUGCGGUCUCUAGAUAUUCGAAGGGCUAAUUGUGCUGGUUUUGUGUAUUGACAAGGUGAGGUCAAAUGAGGGUCUGUACUUAGAAUCUGUAUGCGCAUUUCGGAGACUCAACAUACAUCGAUGGCACGCGAUUCUAGAAUCCUAGCUAAAAAAUUCUAUCGUUCUGUCUGACUAUGUUUGAACAUCAAAAGCUCUAACAUAUAGUUUAGAGCGUAAUUUCAGGAGAUCAGGAAUAAAAUUUGGUGGAUUCAAAUCAUUGGUGGGGCGUGUGUAUGAAGGUGAAUGUCAAGGGUUAGUCAUGUAGAUGGAAGAAUUAUUAAGUGGUAUGGGAGAAAUUCGAUCGUCAACAGGAUAAUCUCGGGUUCUGUAAGAGGUAUAAGGGCGGUUGUGACUUCCCGUUUGCACAUACGUCUGAAGGAUAUUUUUCGUUGAUGGACCUGAUAAAGAAGGCGAAUCAGUGGUAGUCUUGGCGAUUUAGUAGCGUUACCGCAGAACCCAAGGGACAACUGCUUGAGGUCAGUUGUGCAUGGCUUCUUUAUGGGGAGUUUUCUGUAUGUUAGCUGCGCACUUCUAAAGACCUUACCACCAGAGACGGAAAUCCGUGGGGUAAAGUGAGGUGUGAUAUUUUUAGGAUCGACCUUUUCUAACCCAUUCUUUCCGUCGUUAGAAGUCGUCAUGUCUGCAGAUGCUAGUUGUCCGAGGGGAACACCUUACUGCUGUCACACCUCUCUACAGUCAGGAGUACGACUACGCCCUUGGAUUUUGUGUUGCUGCUUUUGGUUUUACCGUUCUCCAAACGACCUACCUGGUAUGGUAGGGCCUAAAGCGACAUGUGUUCCAGCCAAUCUAUCUGGGUUGAGUCAUCACUAUUAGGUUAUCCCGAUCACCACGGUCCACGUAAACAACGUAAAUACCAUCGAUUCAAAGUUGAUGUCGUACAAGUAUCUUUCAUAAAUUAAGGUAAAAUGUUUGGCUUUUUUACUGCAUACAGCGUUAGAUCUUCCCCCACAAUCAUUUUUUUUCACAUUCCCAGGAUAUUUUCAGUAGACGACAGAAUUCCUAAUGUUUUUUGCCAGUUGUUCAUUGCGUAAUUCAACUAUUUCACUUACAGAGCCAGUACUUGUGUCAGGAAAUGUUUCUCUAGUCACAUUGUCAAUAGGAUUGUUAUGCGUUUCGUUUGUGGGCUUUUCUCAUUGGUUCUACCAUGCAUCAAGUUUUUCGGAGAAAAAUUCCGUUGGUGAAAAUCAGAAAAAAUUAAAUGUUGCUGAACAAACACUAAAACAACUUCAAAAAAGGUUAGAUGAUGUGGAGCAAUUAAGGCAAACGUUGAAUGCUUAUGAAGUAAAUCAACAUUUUGCGUCAUCAUCAGCUCCUAAGAGUAUGAAAAGAGAUAAUUUGUCAUCGCCUCAUCUUAAAAGUAUGGAAGCGUUGAAUGAAGAUAGUCUUAAUACUCAUAAACAAUCAUACGAUCAUUCAUCAUACAUACCGUCGUCAGUUGCUGAAUUCAGUUUGUCUACUGACUUAUAUAAUGAUUCUUUACAUCCGAAUUCCUUGAAUAAUUAUAAUAUAUACUCAGCAAACGAUCCAUUGACUUUUGAUCAAAUACGUAAUUUACAAUGUCGCAAAAUUCUAAAUUUGAAGGGACGAAGUUCUGGAAAUGAGUUUUGUUCACCUGUUACUUUAUCAACAAAUCCUUGUAAUAAAUACCAUCUAGGUGAACCCUAUUAUGAACUUAGACAUUGGCUACAAGUUACUUAUGAAUUGGAACUUAAACGUUAUUGUGAAAAAAGAAUGAAAGCUGAAAAGAAACUGGAUUUUGUUCGUCAAUCUGUAAUUAAAUUUAUUAAUAAUUUUCUUAAAUUAUUAUUUUAAUCUAUCUGAAUUAUUAUUUUAUCUACUUAUUAUAUUAUUUUCCGACUGCCAAGCGUUAACACCUAUUCCUGCAUAGCUCAAAAUGUUUUUACUCCACUGAUUGGUGACCACCAUCAUUUGUAGCCCUUAGCGUAGACCAGUUUGCAUGGAUCAAGCUUGGACGAUAACUACUUGAUUCGAUUAUUAAAAAUGUUAUUGUACUUUGUCUAAUAUCGAACAGUUAGAGAUAACAGAUAUUGAAAUUUUUUAAUCCAAGAUUUGUUUUUGUUAACAUGACAAUGGUUUUUCUCUUGUUAUCCAUUGGUCCAAAUACACUCGUACAUAGAGUCAUUCACAGUAUGAAUAACCUAUUGGAAAAACCUCUUAUAACAGUAAGUCGAUGUUGUUUCAGAUUUCCGUGGAUGCUUCGAUUCCCUCAUAUUUGUAAAUAUGCUUUAUUUUACAAUUAGCGAUAAGAAUAAAAUAUAAACUCAGUUUACAUAGCUAUCUCAUCACUUCUGUUUAGUAACAUGUCGUGGUAGCAGUAUUUAAUGUGUAAUCAACAAUCUGUCUAUAAUAUACUUCUAUCUGUCAUAUUUGGCUAGGAAAUUGACAAAGUUUCCACCGUAUGACCAAAUACAAUCAGCUGACAUUUAGCCGAUCAAUUAAGAAUAAGAAAAUAAUAGUCUCUUUGGUAGAAUAACACAUUUAAGUUAUACUUAUAAAUACAGUUGAUUGGUAUUUUCGUUUGCUUAGCUCUGAGUUAAAUUGAUGUGUCGUUAGCUUACAUGAAUGAAAGUUAUGAAAUGUUACAUUGAGAGUAUAAAAUUUACGGAUAUGUAUCUUAUAACGAAUUGUUUACCAAAUCAGUUUAUUUGCAUACUAAAAUAAUACACAAUUGUUUACCAUAUAUAGUUUUUUGACUGUUUAAGAUUAUUAUGAGUACUAGAUAAAACUUUUUUUAGUGUUAUUGAAAAAAAUAUAUGGAAAUUUCAGUGGUAAGAUUCAAUGUAGAUAAAUAAAAACUUUUCCAAAUAAUUUUUCUAAUUUGAGAACAACUAUUUCAUAUGAUGUAUUUAAUACGAAUAUCGAUCCGAGAGAAAUUAGUUAGAUAAACUUGCUAGUAUUUCUGUCAUAGAACUAGUUAUAGAUAUAUUAUUUUUUACAAUAGUUGUUCAAUUCAAAAGAGAAGUGAUAUUUUCAUUUUGUUAUUAAAUUCAUUAUUAUUCUUUAUGGCCAUAAUAUAAUUUAUAACUAUACUAUGUGUAAGUUUUUCUAAAAGCUGCAUCAUGUAUUACUACGUAUGAUGUAGCGUAGCUGUUACUGAUGUUAUCAAACAAUUAUGUGUUUCCAUUCAGUUUUGGUUGGGUUAACUGUAUUUAAUUUUCAACAGAACACAAUUUUUAACCUUUGGCCUAUGUAUUUGUUGCUCCUAGUGUAGACGUUUUAUGCGUAAACGUUAUGGUAUUUUUGGUUCAGUUCGACUAGUAAAUGCGAUAAAUUUGGAUGAAUUGGAAAAUCGUUUGAUUAGUGCGAAACAAGCUUUGGAUCAACUUGAAAGUGAAGUUCAAGAACGUAUAAACCGUUGGAGUCGUAUUGAAGCUUUAACUGGUCACUUGAUACGUUCAGACAUUCAUAAUCAAUAUGCGAAAAGUACUAUUUGUGAAACUACAAGUUCAAUUCCUUGUUCAAUCGAUAAGUAUAGAUAUUGUAAUGGUAGUAUGAAGUCUAGUGAUUCUGAUCGUUUGUCAUCUAUGAUUGAAGAAACUUCUCUAGAAUCUAAUCGUUUUCCUAAAUCUACUGGUAAUGGUUUAGUGAAUGAUUUCGAUUGCACUCAUAAUAAAGAAAUUUUCAACUUGAAAGAAUCAUUUCAAUUAAACACUGAAACGACUGAUACAUUCAGGACAAGUUUACCGCGAAAUUAUUCGUUUGUUCGACCAUUUGCUACUUUAUGGAGACGUAAGACAAAAUCUGGUCGAGGUAAAUCAGAUUCUAAACAGUAAUUAUAUAGAAUUUCUCUUUUUUUCCUCAGAGUAAUACACUUAUUUUAAUUUGUUUUCUUCCACUAUUUAUCUUCACAAGAUGUCAAGCUGAAUCUUUAAAAUGACUUCAUUAGAUUCUUUGUUACUUCCUGUUAUAUAUAUACGAAUAACCUUAGCAUACAUUCCUUUAAUCAUUAGUGUGUCUUUCUAUUAGACUGUAUAUUUGAAUCUUAAGGGGGAAAUUCUUUGACUGAAAUCACUGUGUUUAGAAAUUUUGUGCAAUUUUGACUUUAUUUUCAAGCGGAAAUUUAUCAUUUAUUUACCUUGACCUGUUUACUUAAAUCUUUUGACUGCCAUAGUACUUUACAUUUGCUAUAAUAUACCUAUAUUUGUUUUCCUCUUUUGUUUGUACUUUCAUAAUAUUACCCAGGUUGGUAAUAACUUUAACUGUGUUAAAGGCAUUUAUAUUUAUUUUAAUUAAAUUUUUUCUUAUGAUAGACUCCUUUUUUCACUUAUUUCAAAAUUGUCAGUCACAAGGUGAAUUUUAUCUUAUUUCAUGUUGAUGAUCGUCUCUAACAACUUUGAAUGACGUAAAGUGACAGAAUACGAAUAAUUAAUUGUGACUGGUUGCUUCUUACUAAGUUACGUACAAAGUAAAAAGUUUAUUUAAUUCCAAAUAUCAGUUUAGUUGGAAUUGUAGUUAGCUUUCAUUCAGUGAAUAGUAAGUUGUUUAAAAUUUCAGAUUGUAAUUUACUCUUGAAAGAGCUUUCAUGAGCUAUUUGAGCAGUAAGGUUCAUGGAAGACAGAGUGCUUAGGGUAGGAUGAACGGUUAGCAGAAAAUGCUUUUGGUUAUAAUGUAAUUCCGCAUUCAUAUUUUCCGGGUAAAUAAGAGCUACAAAUGCGCGAAAUGAGAAGUUUAACGCAUUGAUAAAUGAUUCUAUAGAACAGCCAUUUGAUAACUAGACAUUUUAAUGGCAAAGUAUGAAUGUAACUUGAAAUUUUUACGUUGUAUUACUAGAAGGUAUGCACACUUGCUUCAACAACUGUCAUUGGUGUGAAAUGGAGUUGGAUAGUGUUGUUCGGAAACGUAUUUCAAACCAACCAAAUCGGCAUAGGACGUUUCCAACUAAUCACCGCUCAAAGAAAG